CGCAGCUCUUCCAUCCUUCACCCCCAAACUUCAACACCGCGAACGCGCUCCAAUACAUGUUUGCGUCCUCUCAGUCGGGCGCGCACAUCUGCCUGAGAUGCCAAUCAAAGUUUCUGAAAGCACGACAAUUCUCUGUCUCCGCGCGGAGCGUCACCGGUAGUCGACGUUUCAUUUCCGAGUCGAGACGUAUCCUCGCAACACCUGUCAAGACUGAGCAAAAAGUCUAUCCUCAUGGAAAAAUACGCGGGAGGAAGGGUGCCAAGGUUAGGGAGAGCUCGGCGGUCCUUCCGGUCAGCAAUCUAGGCAAACCGGCAGAGAUCAUAUUGCUGAAGGAUGCCGAACUCGAUCGAUCUAAGGCAGAGGAAGCCAGCCCUGCCAAAGCUCCUCAAGGCCCCAGGAAGUCAUCUAAGAAAGAGAUCUUGGAUUCUGUUGCAAGAGUUUCUGACACAGUCGAUGAAGCUUCUACCGCACGAGCAAUUGAAGAACUUCGGGAUAGUAUUCUUGGACGAGCACCACGGAAGGGCGAGAGCAUCGCGCAGGCGCAGCACGAGAAGUUGAUCAAAGCUCUGGAAGAUGGGUUCACUUCGUCCCAACUACGGCAAUAUGCCACGCAAAAGGGUAAAAACCUGUUGGUUCGUUCGGUAAAGGAGACGGAGAAAUUACCACAUUCCGACUGGAUCGCAGGUGUGACGCCCAGCGACGAGAAACAUCUCAUUCUGUCGGGUGUUGUCAGCCGCAAGACUGUGUCUAAAUCGCAAUUCGCGAGAUUGAUCGUCGAGCGUGGGUGGCAGCUCUAUGUGGACAAUGCCAUGGAGAUUGGUGAGAUCGACGUAUACGACGCACAGAGCUUUUUGCAAGCACGGAAUGAAUAUGGGAAUUUGAUUUUGGAUCAAAUUGCAGAAGCUCGGCACGUCAAGAUGCACGCUUUGACCGACAAGGUUCUUCGGAUUACAGGUAGCAGAGAAGCGGCCACGGCAGCCCUGAAUGACAUCUCGCAGAAAUGCCUGGCGGUUCAGUCGGAUAAGAUAAAAUUGAUUCAAAGAAGACUGCCACGAGACCAGGAAUCUACUUCUGAUCCUAGCUCUCUAUCAGAAUCUGCACCAGCGACUGUAGCAAACUUCUUGUCACUCGCGGCGCGGGCGCCGAUUGGAUCGCAUGAACUAGAGGUGUUGAAAUCAACCACAGGUGUUAUGGCCAAGACCCUCGUAGACAAGCGUAGUCAAAAGCCUUAUUUGAUGGUGAACGGCUACAGCGUCCAACAAAUAGACGAUGCGCGAAGAGCACUUGCCUCGAUGUCCAACCUAGCCACUCGAUCCAUCCAGCUGUUCAUAGCCUUCCCCAAAUUGGGAUCAAGGAAAGGUCCAGCACAAUCAGCUGACAGUCUUAACUACCAUGAGCGUCGUAUACCUCGACGUCGAAACGUGGGCGAUACUCCUCGGCGGGACAGCCAAGCAGAAAAUGUCAACCUUUCGGAACAGGAAGAUGUGAUUCGAACUCUCACCAGAGCCGCCACUGAAAAAUUGGUCCCCAGUCCUCCUUCUGCCACAGAGUCGCCAGUGUGGACCUCUCAACCAGAGCGCAGCUACGCCAGCCGCCUGGGAUUUGUAUUUUGGCCAAAAAAGACAAACAAGGCAGCGCACUCUUUCAAACCUGCUCCUGUCUUUGCUCCUGGUCUCGUUCAUGUACCCCCUCUUUUGACAUUCCUCUCCUCGGCGGCAGAAGUCGCACCAACCCGCAACAUCAUAUCUUUCUCCUUUAGACACGAUCCUCUCUUGUCCCAUCAAAGCAGCAAAAACGCAAAAAAGGUCAUCACAAAGGUAAAGUGGGACUCUGAGCCCUUGCCCGAGAUCAAGUUUGACUUCGAGCUUGAUCACACAGGGACAAGCGAACCAGCAAUAUUGAGUGUGCAUGCGGUCACUCGAGAUACGAGCCUUUGCAUAUCACUGCCGGGCAAGCCCAUCGACUACUGCGUCACCGAAAAACACAUUCACAAACUCGAUCAUGCGAACAAGAGCGUGAAGGGCGUUUUCACCCCGGUGAUCAAUGCAAUGAAAAGCAGCAUACAGGGCUCCGAGCGACUUCGAGCGCCACCAGCUAUCAACAUACCCGUUCCUCGCUCGUGGUGGUCACAAAGCACGAACGCUGCUUCCCUUCUGCCAACAUACAAGACCGACGAUCUGAAGGAGAGUCACAUCAAAGCGCAUUACCGCUUCGUCGGUGUGGAACACAAGCAGGUCAUCCACUUUAAGAUGAACGGGGUGCAGCAUCGUAUUACGAUGAACGAAGGGGGUAAGCUGGGCGCGAAAUACACUGAGCUUUGCGUCCUACAGCCUGCUCCUGAGGCUAAAAGCAAGGAAGGCACAGAGUGCAGGGAGGCGACCUUGCGCAGUGUCAUUGAGGCGGGGUUGAAAAUGGUCGAGAUGGUUGAAAGAGCAGUGAAGCAGAAGCUGAAAGUCAAGGAAUCAGUGGAGAAGAUAAGCGACACAGCUCCUGCUCAGAGCAUUGUCACAGGGGAACAGUCUGAAGACGAGGCCAAGCCUAUCCAUGAAAGCGUCGUAGGACAGACGUCCGAAGCGUCUGAAGCAUCGUCUGUCGGAAAGCAAGAGGCUACGGCAGCUUCGGGUUGACACUAGAUACUCGCUCGAUACCAGUUGACCGCAGGAUAUGUACUCAUAUUUAGAACGGAGGCAGUUUUUAGCCGUGAUUGUUUAUAGCAUUUCUAAAGUCCGAUAACUACUGUUGGUGAAAGAAAAAAAAAUAAUUUAUUUUCACCCCGAUCUUCA